AUCGCGCUCUUCGUCUAUCGAGUUGGCGCACAGGAAGCUCGAAACGGUUCGCGCGAACUUGUGCAGCAUAAGUAAUCUCAAGAGCAGGAUGAACGAUACGUGGAAUCCGGCUAUCUGCAUUUCGGCAGCUUGUCUCCUGUGGGUCAACUGCAUGGCUUUGUACAGCAUUAUGAAUACUGGUGCUACUGGAAACAUCGUGUUCGUCACGCCGCUGUACGCAACGCACUCCACACUGAGUAUUGCGGAGCUUGCAACUUUGAGCUACACUUUGCGUGACGAGGCCGAGAAACUCAGAGACGCCGUGUGUUCGUCCUCUAUGCGUGCCGUCACCGAAUCGUACUACAGACAGGCACAACUAUUAUAUGACGCCAUUGACCCUGAACGAAUGUGCAUAACUGGCGGUGGCUUCUUUCGUCUUGACCGAUCCCUCAUCGUAUCAAUAUCCGGCGCAUUGAUAACGUAUACGGUGAUCUUGUCCCAGACGAGCCAUGAAUAAUAGUGGACAUGUACUUCGAAUAUAUUGACCGCCUCACGACACGAAUG